UUUCCCAUGUCGACCACUUCCCGAACAUAUAAUGGCUUCCACCACCUAAAUCGAAUCUUUACAUGCGCGCGCAAAUCCCCGAUACGUGUAUCAUUACCGCCACUGCCACCACAAUGGCUCACCAUUCCGCAACACCGCACUCUCCGACUCUACCCUCUCCUCAAGCUCAAAAACACCGUUGGUGCACACCCACUUCUCGAGCUCCAUCGUUAUGAACCACCAAAGCUCGAAGAUACCGAGCAGCGUAUCAAUCUAUACUCAGAUAAGAAGAAGUUGGUUGCAGCAAACAUCACGCUGGCGGAGGCCUACAGUAGAGUGCAGCCAGGGCACAUUUUAUAUCCUUUGAAACUGCCCCCAGACCAACGCGAAAUGAAAAACUUGGAUGCAAUGAGGCAGCACAACCUCCCAGAUACCUACAACAAAUACAUAAUGGGCGAACCGAAGCCAGGCCCGCCGCCGAAGAAGAAGAAGGGCAACGGUCCGCCUCCGCCUCCCGACUUCAAUACUCAUUACCAGCAUCAAGGAUUCAAAACUAUCCCAUUUGGCGGUAAAAUGAUGACAGAUAUUUGGUUGGUAGAGAACCAGCUAUCCAAAGCCCAUCGUUUCCUAGAGGCCCGCCAUCCGGUGGAGAUGCAGUUUCGCGUGCCGGGCGUGCCGCUCAGGACCGGCACACGCGCCCAAAAGCGAUACUCGGUGACCCCAGAGCUGAAUCCGGAUCGGUUACAAGACUGGCGUUGGCUACAUAGCCAUUUGCCUUACCUUCACCCUGACUUCAUACUCCGAGGCAUGCCUCCAGGUACCUCGUUCUGGGUGACUCCUCACACCACUGGCUCUACUCUCUACAUGGUCUUUGGGCCACCAGGAACCACGAAGUUCAAUGGAGAUGAAAAGUUGAAUGAGACUAAAUCACUUUUGGCCCUCAAGAUCAGACUCGGACACCAGCCGAAUUUGCCUCAGCGGUUCCGUGAGCUGCUUGUGGAAGGUGGCAACACUGGCUACUCGACCGAGCCCCGUCAACAGCUACCCAUAACUAUGAUUAAAGGUCGUUUGGAUUCAAUCACGCAUGGAAUGGAACAAAAAAGCGCACUAGACAAGCGCUACAUGGUGUCAAAGUCUCCGAAACACUCGUGGGUGAAGCAAAAAGUGGCAAGCUAUAGGAAUUAA